ACUCCGAUCUCUCCAAACCCUAAGCCAAUCCCUCCCCGGCGGCCCGAUCUCGCCGCCGAUCGGCCCAUGACCGCCGCCUCCACCGGCGGCUGCGACGGAGGAGGCGGAGGCGUUGGCGGGGCGUCCCCUGCGGCGCCGCGGGCCAUGAAGCGCGAGCUCGCCUUCGCCCUGCAGUCUCUCUCGGAGAUCACCGCCUCCCCCGGCCGCACCCGCUCCGGCCGCUCCCUCACCUCCCCCGCCGUCCCCUCAUCGCCCGCCGCCAAGCGCAGGAAGAACGCCAGAUCCGACCCCCCGCCCCCGGAUCUGGUCUCCCCGCCCACCCCGCCCCUCGACGCCGAGGCGCCCAAGGCCGCACCCAACCACGCCCACGAUGCCCUGCCCACCGAGGAUGCUGCCCUGGUGCCGACGCCCACCGAGGAUGCUGCCCUGGUGCCGACGCCCGAGGUAGCCUACCUCGACUCUCCCUUGGAUGCCCCGCCAACGCCCGAGGUAGCCUGCCAGGAUGCUUCAGACGCGCCGCCCUUGGAUGCGGAGGUGCUGCCCGAGGCGCCGCCCUUGCAUGCAGAGGUGCUGCCCGAGGUCAGCCACUUGGAUGCAGAGGCGCCUCCCUUGGAUGCAGAGCCCGAUGUCACCCACGACGCUCUGCCCUUAGAUGCAGAGGUGCUGCCUGAGGUCAGACACUUGGAUGUCGAGGUGCCUCCCUUGGCUGCGGAGGUGUUGCCCCUGGUCAGCCACAUCACUGCCGAGGCGCCGCCUUUGGAUGCUGAGGUGCUGCCCGAGGUCAGCCACAACGCUCCCGAGGUGCUGCCUGAGGUCAGCCGCAAUGCUGACGAGGCACCGUCCUUGGCUGCUGCGGUGCUGCCCGAGGUCAGCCGCAAUGCUGCCGAGGCGCCGUCCUUGGCUGCUGAGGUGAUGCCCGAGGUCAGCCGUAACGCUGCCGAGGCGCAGUCCUUGGCUGCUGAGGCGUCGCCCGACAAUACCGCCGAGGUGUCGCCUGAGGCCAGCCACGGCAACGACACCAUCAUGGUGGAUGCCGAGGGGCAGCCCGACGCUCAAGGAGACUUCGAUCUCAUGGGCCCCUGCGCCUUCCCGCUGACAAUGGAGAAGAAGGAGGAGGAUGGGUCCAGUGCUGCUGUCUCCCCCGGGCACCAAACGGAUGGGCUGCCUGCUCCUGGAAAGGAUGCUGGAUCUGAUGAGGAGCCGGCAACACAGGACGCAGGAGUCGAGCCCAGCGCUGCUCCUGCACAUGCAAUGCCGGAGGCCGAAGAGGGUUCUGACAUGGAAUUGGAUGCACCACCGGCUUUGCCUGAAUCCACUCCUGUGACCGCCGAGGAUGCCACAGUUGCUGCUUCCACUGCCAUGGCCGAUGAGGAUGGCGCCACACCACUUUCCACUGCCAAGAUCAAGCCCAAAAGACGCUUCAGAAGGUCACUGCUUGGACUGGACAGAGCAACCGCAGCUAGUGAAAUUAUAGGAGAUGCCUCGCUUGAUUUGUCUGCAACACCAGGGAGGAGGUUCACAAGGUCACUCCUCAAGCCAAAGGUUGAGGCGCCUCCUGCCAGCAGCCUGGUUGUUGUGCCUGAAGAGCCCGUUGACAGCACCCCGGAGACCCCUCCAUCGGUGACCAAGAUGGAGAUGAAGAUGUCCAAGAAAGUUGCCUUCCUCUCAAAGCACCCAGGCAACACCAGAGAUUUGCUCAGCACAGGACUACUCGAGGGAAUGCCGGUUAUGUACAUCAUCCCUAAUAGCAAGUUGCAGAAGCCUGUGCUUAAAGGUGUGAUUGCAGGUUGCAAUAUACGUUGCUUUUGUGUUAAGUGCGAUGGCUCCAAGACUAUCACUACAUAUUUCUUCGAACUACAUGCUGGAAGCAGCAAAAAACACCCUGCAGAGUACAUCUACUUAGCGAAUGGUAAUCGUUUGCGGGAUGUGCUGCGUGCCUGUGAAAGUUCUCCUUUGGAUUCUCUAGAUAAAACAAUCCAGUCCUGCAUUGAUCCCAUGCUUAUAAGGACCCGCAUGAAUUGUCUGAACUGCAAUGGUGAGCUACCUUCACAAGCUGAAGAACAGUUUCUGUGCCAUGACUGUUGCCCAGAGUCAAACCAACCUCAAGAUCCUACUUCCCCAUUGGCAUGCAGCAAGAGCAGUUCCAGUCUGACUCCAAGUUCCAAGGAAUCCUUGUUGAAGAGGAUGUCGGCAAGCAAAGGCGCGAGUACUGGAAAAGUAACAACAAAGGAUACGGGGCUACACAAACUGGUAUUCAAGGUUUUGCUUGAUGGUACUGAAGUAAACUACUAUGUUGACGGGCAGAAAAAGAUCGAUGGGUACAUCAAGGAUCAAAGAAUCUACUGUAACCAUUGCAACAAAGUGGUCAGUCCCUCAGCAUUCGAAGCUCAUGCGGGUGAGGGAUCAAGACGCAAACCGUAUGAUAACAUCUUCACAUCAAAUGGGGUGUCCCUGCAUGAGCUGUCAAUGAGCAUAUCAAAAGACAUGCAAUUGUCGGAACGUGAAACUGAUGAUCUGUGCAGAGAAUGUGGUCUAGGAGGGGAUAUUUUCCCUUGCAGAAUGUGUCCAAGGUCAUUUCACCCAGCUUGCGUUGGGCUGCCUGUAGUUCCCUCGGAGGAGUGGUUUUGUGAUAACUGUACCAUCCUCGUUCAAAAAGAAAAGGCUUUAGCAGCAAAUAAGAAUGCCAAGGCUGCUGGAAGGCAGGCUGGAGUCGAUUCUAUUGAGCAGAUUUUGAAGAGAGCUAUUAGAAUCGUCCCAAUCUGUGAUGACCUUGGAGGAUGCGCCUUAUGCAAGAAAAAGGAUUUUAACAAUGCAGUAUUUGAUGAGCGCACUGUGAUACUCUGUGAUCAAUGCGAGAAAGAAUACCAUGUAGGAUGUUUGAGGAGUGAAUGGCAGGUCGACCUGAAGGAAUUACCAGAAGGGGAGUGGUUCUGUUGUGAUAGUUGCUCUGAGAUACGCUCCUCUUUGGACAAGAUGAUUUCUGAAGGAGCUCAGCCUUUGUCGGAGUCGGACGUUGAUAUCAUAAGAAAGAAACACGAGUCAAAAGGUUUGGUCAUGGACGCCAAUACAGAGAUCAGAUGGCAAUUGGUUGCUGGUAGAAGUGCCACUGAAGAUGGCAACUCACUGCUUUCAUCUGCUGUCCCAGUUAUUCAUCAAUCUUUUGAUCCAAUCAUCGAAGCCCAUACUGGUAGGGAUCUAAUUCCUGAGAUGGUCCAUGGGAGGAGACCUAAGGAAGGCAUGCCAGGCCAAGAUUACAGCGGAAUGUACUGUGCAGUCUUAACUGUAGGUUCAACUGUUGUGUCGGCAGCACUUUUGCGUGUCAUGGGAGGUGACGUGGCUGAACUGCCACUGGUUGCUACAAGUAUGGAUCUUCAAGGACUGGGCUACUUCCAAGUGUUGUUCUCUUGCAUCGAAAGGCUGCUAGUUUCGCUGAAGGUGAAACACUUCAUGCUUCCGGCCGCCCAUGAAGCUGAAGCCAUCUGGAUGAAGAAGUUUGGCUUCUCUAAAAUCCCUCAGGAUCAGAUGGAAGCUUAUCUUAACGGGGGACACCUCACCGUAUUCCAUGGAACCUUGAACCUAUACAAGGCCAUUCCAUUGCCUGAAUCUUAGCAUGGACGUCGAAGCCGCCCUUUUGCUUAAUGGAUAUGCUCAUCAGACAUGUUUGUCAUUUGAGGCUCUGCUGGUAACUGUACAUAAUAAGAUGAUGAAGCAUGGCGAAAAGAUGGUAACAAUUACUGCAAAAUCUAAAAGGGGAGCAUACAAGAUACCAGAAACAACCGGAAAUGUUUGAUGAAGAUAGAUGUGGAGAUGCUGGAACAGGGGAAAGCGGUGAUUCUCUGCCGGCUUUUGUUUUCGUUUUGUACUUUUACUAGUGCGUUCAGCUGAGCCGCCAUGCCGAGAAGCAAGCGUUGUUGCUGUUUUCGAUGAUGUACAUGCCUGGCCGUCUCAGGAACUGCAGAAUUUUGAUGCGAUGCUGUCUGUUGGGUUGCGGAGGUUUUGAAAUUUUGAUCUGUUCAUUGGUGGGGUGGCGCGUUUGUAAGGAAAUGUUGGUUCUGUCGGUCUGGGUGUUGAAUUUUGAUGAGAAUUGAGGAGAGAUGCGGGGGUUGGAUAAA